AUGGCAAGUCACGUUACGAGCGGCCCCGAUAAGCCAUGGUAUCACCACAUCACCCUCGACCUCUUCGUCAAAGUCCUCUCGAACAGCCUCUUCCAUCCCUUCGUCGCCUGGAUCGUCCCACUCUGCUUACGCGCCGUGCAAGCACCAUACGACAGCACCGAAUUCGUUUCAGCAUGCGUGUAUGCCUCAUGCAUAACGCUACUAUGGAUGCUAAGCAUCGUAAAUAAUCGCGUUGCGUACGGACUACCGCGCGAGAUGGACUGGGAUGAAGAGGUUGUCGUAAUCACAGGCGGUGCGAGCGGACUGGGGAAGACCAUGGCGGAGAUGUAUGGAAUGCGCGGAGCGAGUGUGGCUAUCAUCGAUAUUGCCAAGCCUGAGAAAGAGAGCGACGGGUUGGCUGGUGUGCAGGCAUACCAGUGCGAUGUGGGAGAUGCAGAGGCUUUGGAGAGGGUAAAGGAACAGAUAGAGAAAGAUGUACGUUUGCAAUGUGAUACGUGUGGUGUGCUCUAUGCUGAUACGUUCUCAGCUCGGCACGCCCACGAUUCUCAUCAACAACGCUGGCGUUGUCAACGGUAAGCCCAUCUGGGAGUUAUCUGCCAGAGAUGUGCAGCGGAACUUCAACGUGAACCUGCUCUCGCAUUUCAAUACCAUCCGUACCUUCCUCCCAGGUAUGCUUAAGUCGGAGACUGGAGGAACAAUCGUCACCGUGGCCUCUGUACUGGGCAAGCUCGGCGCAAGCUACCUUUCAGAUUACACUGCCGCAAAGGCCGGUCUGAUAGCCAUGCAUAAGUCGCUGAGAGCUGAGAUGGCCUCUCCAACCGCUCCAGAAGGAGCUGAAAACAUUCGGAUGGUGCUGGUGACUCCUGGUCAGCUGGCAACUCCUUUGUUUGCGGAGGUAGAGACGCCGUCGAAUUUCAUGGGACCUCUUGUCGAACCCGUGGAACUGGCAAGAGAGAUUGUGAAGAUUGUGGACGCUGGAGAGAGCGGAGAGGUCGGCUUACCGUUUUACACGCGCUACGUGGACUGGGCUGCUGUUCUCCCUGUCGGACUGGAACGACUGGUGAGAUGGAUCAGUGGAAUGGAUCGGGCCAUGGAGAAGGUGCACGCUAAGCGAUCGGCAAAGGUGAAGUGA